AUGCUCCGAAGCCUAAUUUUCGCCGGCUCCGUAACGAUUGCGGUGUUGGCACUGCUCAUCAGCCAAUGGACGCCUCCAUCAGCGCCGCAUGUCGAGCAUAUUCGUCAAGGGCGCAACAACACCGUCUUGAUCCUGUCAAACAAUGAACACGGGCUGUCCAAUGUCCAUGUGGCAACGGCAUACGCCUUGUUGGAGCGUCACCCGGAGGUGGAGGUUCAUUACGCAUCUUUCGCGCCCAUGGGCCGGAAAUUGGGGCGCGUAUCCGACCGAGCUCGGCAGAUCAACCCAGCAGCACGCAGCAUUGUUUACCAUGAGCUCCCGGCGGAAUUAUCGUUUAUGACCAGCGGACGCAAGAACGGAGAAGGGCCGGUCGACGUCCUUCACUCCCCUGGUCUCGGCAGUAUCAAGACAGUAACCAAAUUCAUGCCCUGGAUUGUGUCGAUCUGGUCUGGCGAAGAUCAUUUGGCUCUCUUUGAGAAAAUCACAGACGUGAUAGAUGAAGUAGAUCCCUCACUAGUCGUCUUGGAGGUCUUCCUCCGACCCGCUAUCGAUGCGGUGUAUAACAGGAGUCGCCUUCACGCCUAUAUCUCCCCUCUCACUCCUCUUGAGCACUUUGCAAUUGAGCAGCCUUAUGGUAGCUGGCUAUGGAAGUAUCCUGUCAUGGGUUCUGGCAUCCCGUUUCCAGUACCGUGGACAAGAAUGCUAGAAAAUAUUUAUAUAAACUUGCGAUUUUACUAUUCCAUGUUUCGAAUGGCGGGCCAAACGGACAAGAAUAAGUACUUGGAAUCGAAAGGCCUUGUCUACCCUAUUAGCUGGUUCAACUUCCGCAACGCAAAUGUGCCCUGGAUCUCGCAGGCCGUCCCAGGUGCCUCGACACCGCUCGACGUUCUUCCGCAGAAUGUUACUCUUACCGGACCCAUCCUUCUUUCGAUGGCAACUGCUGAGGAGCAGGCACCAGAACUAACUAAAUGGCUUGCUCGUGCUCCAACUGUGCUUAUCAGUCUGGGUACUAUUUUCAUAUAUACGGAGGCGCAAGCAACAGCAAUGGCACAAGCGAUCGCAGAUACACUAAUUUCGCGACCUGAUCUCCAGGUCCUCUGGAAAUUCAUGAAAGCUACCGACGCCAACGGCACGAGUUACAGCGACGAAUUCCUAGAGCCGCUGCGCCCCUUUCUUGAGAACGGGCGACUCAAGAUGGAGACGUGGUUAGACGUACAGCCUGUGACGCUUCUGGAAACCGGCUACAUCGUUCUUUCGGUGCAUCAUGGCGGGGCAGGCUGUUAUCACGAGGCACUCGCGACGGGGGUGCCGCAGAUGGUCUUACCCCAAUGGCUAGACCAUUUCAGCUUCGCGCAGCUAUCCCAAGACAUAGGGGUUGGUGUCUGGGGAUGCUCGGAGGCGAGCCCCUUUUGGGGAGCCACGUGUCUCCGCGAUGCAUUCGCUACUGUCUUAGACAGUGAGAAGUCCGCCCAAAUUCAGGAGAAGGCGAAACAUUUCGGCGACAUCGCGAAGAGGAACCCCGGCCAAUACGUGGCUGCUGACGAGAUUGCGAAAUGGGCUGCCUCCGGUUAUGCUUCUUGA